CUUCCUCACACUCUUAGCUCUCACUCAUCACCAUGCAAGUUGCACUUAAAGGAAUCAAAAUGCAUUAAUUCUGGAUCAAUAAAGCCAUGUGGACUGCUUGUAUGCAGAAAAUAAUUCAGAUAGUUCCUACCACUUAUGCUCCUCUCCCUUUCCCUUUCUCCUUUAAUAUAAAGCAAAGCUUAACCUAGUGCUUCACAUUUCUCCCUUCCUUCAACAAUGCAGACUCCAAGCAACUUCAAGCACGACUUCCUUAAGCAUUUGCUCUCUGGACUCCAUGCUGCUAGAGAAUCAUCAAGGGGAGUAAGUCUAAUUGAGAGGGAGAAACAAAUCAAGCUUCUGGCUGAUGCUGCCAUGGCUUUGGCUAGAGGACAUGGUGCAAACUGGAGCCGAGCAAUAAUUGCAGGUAUGCUAAAGCAGAAAAAAGACGAGGCUUUCGUUGCGAAGAAGCUCUAUAAAGGAUCUGAAACCUCUGUUUCUCCAACAGGCUCCCAUGGACGAAAAAAGAUCAUGAAAAAGAAGAGCUUUAAUGCCCGGCUGAAGGUGAGGAAGAAAGGAUUCCAUUCGCCAUCAUCAUGGAAAGUUAUGCCAAGUGUUCUAGCAAGAAGAAUUGUGAAGAAGCGGACACAAGUGCUGAAACGCAUUAUACCAGGGGCUGAAAGCUUGGAUGUGGGUUUGAUUGUGAAACGUUCACGUUUUGCUGUGUAGAAUCUAGAAAAGAGAUCAUUAUCUGUUUCAUCAUGAAGAACUGAAGAGGAGAGUUAUUGGAAAGCUGAGGGCUACAUUUACAGAAGUAAUGUGCCUUAUCAAUAUGUUUCCAGAGUAUGAUAAGUAAGUAAAGGGUUCAAGUGGCUCCAUUAUUUUCUUCCAAUAUUAGAAUAUUGUUACUCUGCAGCCAUUAUUGCGACAUGUGAUCAGGUUUAUUUGUAAGAAAAUCUGCUUAGACCGUUGGUGACCGAACAGUAUUGAUUUUUUUUAAAAAUAU